AUGGCGUCUCGUGUCAAUAUCGUUCGUGUCGAGCAUCUCGACAAUCCGGCGAUGUUCAACGAUAAAUUCAAGUUGGAGAUCACUUUUGAGGUGUUCGAGCACCUUCCGCAUGACCUCGAAUGGGAGCUCGUCUACGUCGGCUCCGGCACUUCCCGGGAGUACGAUCAAGUGCUCGACUCGGCGCUCGUCGGACCGAUUCCCGAGGGACGUCACAAGUUCGUGUUCGACGCCGAUCAUCCAAACAUUGCCAAGAUUCCGACGGACGACAUUGUCGGUGUCAGUGUGCUCCUUCUGCGUUGCAAAUACAACGAGCAGGAGUUCAUCAACAUGGGAUGGUUCGUCGCCAACGAGUACACCGACGAAGAGUUGAAGGAGAAUCCGCCGGCGCAACCCCAAGUCGAUAAGCUCUCCCGCAAAGUCGAAACCGAAGAUCUGCGUGUGACGACAUUCCCAAUCCGUUGGACUGACGAGGAUCCAGCACCCGAGCCAGCCGUCGAAGAGGAACAAGUGUUCGCCGAAGAGGAUCUCAUGCCAUUGAACGAUGAGGGACAAGAAGAGGAAGACGAUGAUGAUGACGAGGACGAUGAUAUGGAUGCGACUGGUGGAAAUGCUGAGAUCGAUCUCAAUGAGAGCUUCAACGAGCGUAUGGCAAAUGCUCUGGAGGGCGGAGAGCAGCAAGAGGGAGCACGUGUUGAGGCUGCUGGAGAGCAAAUGGAACAGGAAGCUGUUGAGGAUGUUGAGAUGGGAGAUGACGAUGGACUUCAGAUCAACACUGACAAGAUCAACACUAACGCCGAACCACUCACCGAGAAAACCAACAACACCGAAAUGGCUCAAUAA